CUUGGCAACCUUCCCUUCCCCGUCCCAUCUCGCUGCCGAGCGCCCCGACGGCUCCUUAUCUUCCUCCUCGAGCGAGCGCCCCAGCCCCCUCGCUCCGUCGCUCGUCUUCCUCCUCGUGCGAGCGCCUCCACCGCAGAUAUCUAUCUCCCCUGAAAUUCUCUCGUUCCCGACCGUUUCUCCUCCCAUCACCCCACGAACAGGUCCCGCCCUUUAGCUUCCCGUUGCAUCUCCUUAAUCUUCCCCAAUUCGUAACUGAGGCAAAAAUCAAGCCACACGUUGAGUUGGAAACAGGGCACUAAUGGGGAUUGCGGAGGUGGCUCUCCACACCAUGCCGGGGACUUUCACUGGCCACUCCCCGGCAUCUAGUUUGUUCCUCAGGACUGACGCAGGGGGUAGGAGGAAGAGGAACACCAAUUUGUUUUACAGGAAAUUUAAAGGCACACCGAAGUUUCCUGGGUUGCGGUCUGUCGAGCGCCAGUGCCAAAGGAUUGAUGACCUCGCCAAGGUCAUCGAAGCGGGGAACGGAACAUGGGACAAGGACGUGGUGAACAAGGCCAGCCAGGUUCUUGGUGAUGUGAGUGUGCCUGGUCAGGUUUUAGGUGGCAAUAUAAAUCUGAAUGGGAAUGCCACCAAGCCUCUGCCUCAGAGGCAGAAGGUGUCAUCGGUCGAGGACGAGGCUUGGGACCUUUUGCGGGAUUCUAUCGUUAAUUAUUGUGGUAUUCCAGUUGGGACAAUUGCUGCGAACGACCCAAAUGAUAGUAAUCCAGCAAAUUACGAUCAGGUGUUUAUUAGGGACUUCAUACCAUCUGGCGUUGCUUUUCUAUUGAAAGGGGAGUAUGAAAUUGUGCGCAAUUUCAUUCUACACACCCUUCAGCUUCAGAGCUGGGAGAAGACAAUGGAUUGCCAUAGCCCAGGUCAAGGCUUGAUGCCUGCCAGCUUCAAGGUGCGGACUAUUCCACUUGAUGGUGAUGAUGAUGCGACUGAGGAGGUCUUGGAUCCUGAUUUUGGGGAGGCUGCAAUAGGACGUGUAGCACCUGUUGAUUCAGGUCUAUGGUGGAUUAUAUUGCUUAGGGCAUAUGGAAAGUGUUCGGGGGAUCUGUCAGUUCAAGAGAGAAUUGAUGUCCAGACUGGCAUAAAAAUGAUUUUGAAGCUUUGUUUAACUGAUGGAUUUGACAUGUUCCCUACGUUACUGGUAACUGAUGGUUCAUGCAUGAUUGAUCGCCGAAUGGGAAUCCAUGGACAUCCACUUGAAAUUCAGGCACUGUUCUAUUCAGCUCUCUUAAGUGCACGUGAGAUGUUGACUCCUGAAGAUGGAUCCGCCGACUUAAUCCGUGCCCUAAAUAACCGGCUUAUCGCGUUGUCCUUCCAUAUCAGGGAGUACUAUUGGGUCGAUAUGCAAAAACUGAAUGAGAUAUAUCGAUAUAAAACCGAAGAAUAUUCUUACGAUGCUGUCAACAAGUUCAACAUAUAUCCUGAUCAGGUUUCUCCAUGGCUUGUUGAGUGGAUACCUCCUAAAGGGGGUUACUUUAUUGGAAACUUGCAGCCAGCUCACAUGGACUUCCGGUUCUUUGCUUUGGGGAAUUUAUGGUCAAUAGUAAGCAGCUUGGCAACAACACAUCAAUCACAUGCCAUUUUGGAUCUGAUUGAAUCUAAAUGGUCUGAUCUAGUGGCAGAGAUGCCAUUGAAGAUAUGUUAUCCUGCUCUUGAGAAUCAGGAAUGGAAAAUCAUUACUGGAAGUGAUCCUAAAAACACGCCUUGGUCGUACCAUAACGGAGGAUCCUGGCCAACAUUAUUGUGGCAGCUCACAGUGGCAUGUAUCAAGAUGAACAGACCGGAGAUUGCUGCAAAAGCUGUUGAGAUAGCUGAGAGACGCAUUGCUACAGAUAAAUGGCCUGAAUACUAUGACACCAAGCGAGCACGCUUCAUAGGGAAACAGUCCCGGCUUUACCAAACCUGGUCUAUUGCUGGGUAUCUUGUAGCCAAGCAACUGCUGGAUAAACCUGAUGCUGCUAGAAUACUCUGGAAUGAUGAGGACGCUGAAAUUCUUAAUGCUCUGAGCACAAACAGGAAACGUGGCAAGAAAGUGUUGAAGAAGACAUACAUUGUAUGAGUUCCCGUGGCAUGCUUCAUCAUCUUUUCCACCGAAGGUAGCAUUGUUAAGUUAUAGGACAUGUCCUCUGUACAUAUAAAAGGUCGUUCUUCUGAUGGAGGAUGCUCGCUGUUAGAUGCUGCUAUAGUGAUGCAUCUGGCUUUGCAAGAAAUCACUUGCUUGAGCAUUCCUCAAUUUUAUACUUGCCAAAAUUUUGUACUCUAGACCUGUGUCUCACGUGGAUUACACAAAUCUACUCCAUUUCAAAUGACAAACCUCUGUGGCGCUUAUCUUGUUCUUUA